AAAAUUUGUAUUUUUCUUCAUAUCAUAAUACAACAAUGAAAGUGACUGCCACAAACAACACCGAAAACAACAUCAGUUUCUCAAACUUAUACAACUGUUUCUAGGAGUUAUACAAGUCGGACGCCGAAUAGAACAAGUCAGCAUUGUUUUUAACACCACCAUGUGGCACUCUCUCCUUCAAGCCGGCCGUAAAAUUUCCCAAUCCCUUAUAUUUGCACCAAAUUCAUCUUCUUCCUCACUUCCUAGCUCACUCUCUCUUCAUGGGUUUUGAUUCUCCUUCAAAACCCAUCAAAGAGAACCAAAAAUCACUGAAAAAAAAGACCAAUCAUCAAAGCAUCACAACAACAAGAAGAAGAAGCUUUGUUUGAAGCAUAUACAUAGAAAGAAAUUAAGAUGGACAGGCUCAUAAGCUUAGAGCCUUCAAGCCUCGUCGCGAUCAGGAUCGAACAAGGACAUAGGUGUUAUGGGGAGGUCACUUUGCGCAAUGUCAUGUACACCAUGCCAGUCGCUUUUAGGCUUCAACCGGUGAACAAGUCUCGCUACACGGUUCGCCCACAAUCGGGGAUCAUAGCGCCUCUCACCACACUCACCGUGGAGAUAACCUAUCAUAUCCCUUCCAAUUCAUAUCUUCCUGACUCCUUCCCUCAUUGCACCGAUGCGUUCCAAUUACACAGCGUUGUGGUACCCGGUGCAGCGAUCAAGGACCCUUCAUCAACGUUUGAUUCGGUCCCAAAUGACUGGUUCACUACGAAGAAGAAGCAAGUGUUCAUCGACAGUGGCCUUAAAAUCAUGUUUGUUGGGUCUCCCAUAUUGGCUCAGCUUGUUGCAAAUGGUUCCAUGGAUGAAAUUAGAGAAGUGCUAGAGAAGAGUGACCCGGAAUGGAAGCCGGCUGAUUCGGUUGAUGCAGAUGGGCAGACACUGCUUCACUCAGCAAUCACUCAAAGCCGUGCUGACCUUGUCCAGCUCCUCCUCGAGUUCGAGCCUGAUAUCGAGGCUCAAAGCAGGUCCGGGUCUAGUCCCCUUGAGGCGGCUGCAGCAGCCGGAGAAGGGUUGAUCGUAGAGCUCUUAUUGGCUCACAAAGCGAGCACGGAGAGGUCAGAGUGCUCCACUUGGGGCCCGAUUCACCUCGCUUCCGGUGGAGGUCACAUGGAGGUUUUGAGGCUACUUUUACUCAAGGGCGCAAACGUGGACGCCCCAACGAAAGACGGAAACACAGCCUUGCACCUGGCAGUUGAGGAGCGGAGGAGGGACUGCGCCAGGCUGUUGCUGGCAAGUGGCGCGAGGGCUGAUAUUCGAAACACUGGCGAUGGCGACACCGCACUACAUAUCACGGCGGGGCGCGGGGAUGAGCACAUGGUCAAGCUUUUACUUCAGAAAGGAGCCAACAAAGACAUUAGAAACCGGCAUGGAAAGACAGCCUAUGAUGUUGCAGCCGAGUAUGGCCACACUAGGCUUUUCGAUGCUCUUCGCCUCGGGGACAGCCUAUGUGUGGCUGCACGGAAGGGCGAGACGAGAACAAUUCACAGGCUUUUGGAGAACGGAGCCGCGAUCAAUGGGAGAGACCAGCACGGGUGGACAGCACUGCACCGAGCAUCGUUUAAGGGGAAAAUUGAAGCAGUCAGGGCUCUGAUUGAAAAGGGUAUUGAUGUUGAUGGUAUAGAUGAAGAUGGGUACACAGCCUUGCACUGUGCUGUGGAAUCUGGACAUGCCGAUGUGAUCGAGUUGUUGGUGAAGAAAGGGGCUGAUGUAGAGGCAAGAACAAACAAGGGUGUGAGUGCAAUGCAGAUUGCCGAAUCAUUGAACUAUUUGGGGAUCACAAGGAUACUAAUUCAGGGUGGUGCAACCAAAGAUGGUGUCUCCCAGGGUGGUGGUGGCGGUGUAGUACCGGCUAUGCUUCCAUUUGGGAAUGGGAUGAAGGCUAGAGAAACAGAGGUUGGGGAGCUGAAAAAGAAACCAAGUAGGCGAGGAAGAUCACGUCGGAGUAGCUACGACAGGUCCAUGGCUUUGGCUGUGAUCUAGCAGGGAUAUAUAACACAAAGCCGUGAACUUUUUUUGCUUCCUCAACAUGGAUAAUGAGUCAUGAGAGUGAUCAGAUUGAUUCUUUCUUUAGAUGAGAUUUGUGGAAGAAGAUGUAGACCGACAUAUGUUCAUUCUAUUAAAACUCAAUACAUACUGUUAUUACAACAUUCUUAAACCUCAAAAAAAGGGAAAGACAAAAAAAAAAAAAAAUUGUAAUUUUAUAAGACUUUUGUGUUUUGUUGUAGUGUACACUGAUGUGGCGGGAGGUGUAUGCAACUGGCUUGUAAGAUGAUCUAUAUAUAGCUCUCCAUCUCAUUUUGACAUAAGGUGGAUGAAGCAAAAAUGUCAUUUGUAACAUACAUCAAUAAAAUUGCAUUUCAGGAAACAACAUUUUGUGUCAACGAAUUUCA